CGAUAGUCGAUUCAUUCCAGUCUGCUUCCAGCAAGGGUUAGCUUUUCACCUUUUUUUAUUAUUGUACUGUGAGUUGUUUUAAAAUUUGUGAUUUUUGUGUGCUCUAAGUUGACUUUAUAAUCAAGUUAUUGCUACGAUUUUAGGAAGUUUUACUUCAUUUACUUCUUUUGUUCAGUAGAAGCUCAAUGUGAAAAAAUUCUGAUAAUGCUCACACACAUCUAUUAGUUAUCUUUAUAUAACCCCAUGUAUUUUCAAGAUAAAAUGAAGCUUGAUAAACUAAAGGUGUUGAAUUCAAUAAAACUACCAAGAAUUUUCAAUUUGCUUUUUUUUAACUUUUUUUUACGGUUUACUUCAGACAAACAUGUUUUCGUCAUGCAGCUGAUAAAAUUCGUCUUCCAUAUAAUUUUUUUCUUCUCAUAUGAAAAAAGUUUAGUUUCUUUAAGUUAAAGAAACAAAAUCGUUUGUCUUAAUUUUUAGUAUGUUUUGCUGUAUUCAAUCUUCGUACGAAAAUUUUGUUCUUCGUGACUUAGUUAUGCGUACAAUUAGAUAGGCGUGUACGUCAUGUAAAUAACUAAAGUACAUUCAAGAACUUAAUGUAUAAAUGAACUACAAAGUAUACAUGACAUAAAGAAAACGAGAUACUUAAAAACAUUAUUAGCAUUGUUUGUAUUCAUGCAAAAAAAAGUUACGAUAGAUUACGAAAAGACGACACAAGUUUAGUUUACACACUAAAAACAAACUUGGAGUUUUACUCAGUAAAAUUUUGAUGUUAGAAAAAAAGUUGCAAGGAAGUAGUUGAGUCGUACGUGCAGCGUGCUAUCCCCCUUUCACCGUUGUGCAUACACAAAGAUAGAAAUAAAACUGAAAUUAAUAAAAGUUCUACAAUAUUAUUAAAUCUAUAGCAUAUCCAUGUUCUCUUGUAAUAUAAAAACUAUUCAAGAAGUGAAGCAGCAUCAUGACGAAAAUCAAUAGUUGUUGUUAACGUAUAGACAAAUUAAUAUAAAUGCCUAGGCUAUACUUAUUACUGUACUUAUAAAAUCAUGAAAAACGAAAGGAAACAUUGUCAUGUAUGUUAAAAUAUCGUUGAUUAUAGAGAAAAAGGAAUAUAAAAAGUAUACGCAAUACAUGCACACAUUAUUAUACGGUUCACAAUACCCGUAUAUAGCUAAAAAACGACGUUGAGGAGAAAACACAACAUAAUAGAAAGCGUAUUGAUUGAUUAAAGACUAAAGAAUAAUAAUUGGCCGUAUAAAGGCUAAGACUAUAAAAGACCAUGAUAAGUUCAGUAACAGAAAAAAGAAUAUUAAGUGAACAUAUGACGAUGUAUUGAUUUAAAAACAGAUGAACGAACAGAUUCAUACAUAACAAUAUGCCAUAGAUAUUGACUGUAUAUCAAUAGGUUGAGGAAUUUAAUAAAAAAAGAGUAAAAGUUACUGAUACAAUUUCAAUGUUGAUACUUGUAAUUGUAAUUAAGACAUCCUAGCUUCUAUCUCUGUCGUAUGCAUUAUAUUUAGCCCAGUUUUCAUAUUAACAAAUGCAGGUAAAUUGACCUUAAAAUAUAUACGAAUAUAAUAGAAAGAGCAAAUCAGAUCAAUGCGAGUAAUUCAACAUUCGAAAAGCAUGUAUAAAAAACUAUCCAGAGGAUAAUUGAUGUUCUUUAUAGAAAAGUUACAAUAAACUUAUUAGGGAAAAAAUAUGAGUACAAACAAGUGCUUAAUUUCAACUCGUUAUUGAAUAAAAAUAAUAUAAUAACAGUAUCCAGACUAGAAUUGAAGUUAAUAACUAUAAAUGUUGAAUAAUGCAACCGCAACUCUCAAAUGAAGAAUAAAAAAUAGAUUCUAUAAGUCAUAAAGAAAAAAAUAGCAUUUCAGAUCCAAUUUUAAUAAGACCAUAUGAAUAAUAAAAAUACUGUAUUUGUAGUUGAUAUUCCUUUACGUGGUUGUCGCAAAAUGUAUAAAAAGUUGCGGAUUUACAAGUCCUUUAUUUAACUUGUAGUCCUACUCCUUGAUUUAUCUGAGCAGACUACUGAAUUGAAUUUCAUAAAUAUAACUUAAUCUUUUAUUUCAAUUGUGUCAUUUUUUUUUUUGUUUUUAAAAAUCAAUCGGAUUUCAAAUAUUUUAAAAAUUUUAAAUGAUACAUAAAUAAAAAAAGAAUUCUAAUUCACCAUGUAUUUGUAAUGACUAAAAAACAGGUGUUAUACCGAUAAAGAAAAGACUCCAAUUGCAAGUGGGACCAACAUUUUUAUUUAUUCCAUUGUCAUAAAAUAAUCAGUCUAAUCAAAACAAAAGAAAUACAAAAUAAAACAAAAAUAAUAAAGGAAGAAAUAAAUUUUGAGAACGAAUUUUUUUUAUAUCUGUUAAUAGCUGUAUAUAUGACUCGUUUGAAUUUCUUCGAGAAAAACUAGUAUAAAAGAAGAGUGUGUUAGUGUUGAGUGCAGAAGAAGGAAUAUACGAAAAAGAAAAAGAAAAAUCACAAGUGCAUUUUGUUUUGGAAUAUUUAGAUUAGAAAUAUAUCUAUAACGAUUGUGAUUACUUAGAAACUUGAUAUAAGAAGUAAUAAGGCUGUAACAAGACAAUCCCACCAUGAGACAUUUGUAAACCGGGUAUGUUGGCCGAGGCCUUCUCGAGAUGCAACGAGUGGCACUUAAGUAUAAAAUUCAAGACAAGCAAAACCAUAUCUACAAUACCAAGAGGCCGUGCACAACGAGACCACUUCCACCGUCAUUUUCAUCGGCGUCAUCAUUGUCAUCAAUACUAUUAUCAUUAUCCUUAUCACUAUUACGAUCAUCGUUAUCACGAUUAUUGUCGUCACCAUCAUCCUUAUCGUCAUUAUCAUCAUCACAAACAAAAUCCUCACCAUUACUAUUAUCAAAACAAUCAUUAUCAAUUUUUCUAUUAUUACUGUUCUUUCUAUCCCAACGAGCUACGUCCCCAGUGCUAUUGGCACGUACAAAAACGAAGCUACCGAUUUUAUUUCGGACAGUCCCUGUUUUCUUUAGUUAUACUUAUGCUUUUGUUGCUACUGGAACCUUGCGCUGUCCAGCAGCAGUUACAACCUUGGCAUCAAGAAGUCAAACGAAAACAAUACAAAUCGUCAUUGAUAGAAACAGUGCGAUAGCACAAAUUGGAGUCAGAGGUGAAAGUCAUAUCACGAAUUAUUGAUAGUACAAGUGUCAUGAAUGCCAAAAAAAGCGUCAGUAAACUACUAUCGACAGGUUUUUUUGAUAAGAAUAUGAGCAAUUUGAUAAAUUGGUUCCCUGCGAUUAACAUCAAUUACCUGCAAUUUGCAUCUUCACUAUCAUUAUCACUAUUGGGUUUAUCAACAGACACAUUAAUCACGGAAAAAAAAGCACUUUCGCUGUUAUCAAAACCAUGGUCAACAGCAUUAACAAGGACACAUUUAAUAAGACCACUAUCAAUAUACAUUUUCCAUAUAGUCAAUGACAUUGUUAAAAACGUACAAGAAACUGUCAACACUAUCGAGACUUAUUCGACCAUAGCAUGUAAUGGUACUACGUAUCAUUGUAGCGAGGGUCCAGUGAUUGAUUUGAUGAAUCAUACCCCUAAAAAUCGUGGAUUUAUAAAAGUGGACCUAGUAUUUGGAUCUAGUGACAAAAUAACUGAUAACAACGACUUCGAUAACAACGAAGACCGAAACCAAAAAGAUUUGUUAAUUGAGUCUUCUUCGAUAAGCAACAAUUACAAACUAUAUCAACGACUACGCUUAAUUGCGUUACUUAUUGGAAACAUCAGCUUGCUUUCAUCAGUUAAUGUUGAACGUAGUUUUACUAUCAUGGAGGAAAAAUUUGCAAACAUUAGUUUAUUUAAUGAAACAAUUUAUAAUUGUAGCAAUGAUACAAAUGAGACGUAUAUAAUUAUCGGUGAUAGUAUGUAUCCAUCUGGUUACAGUUUAAUUCAAAUUAUAUUUGCAUCAAUAUUUGCGACAAUACUUAUGAUAACUGUUAUUGUCGGCAAUAUGCUCGUUAUUAUUGCAAUUGCAACAGAAAAAGCAUUGAAGAAUAUACAAAACUGGUUCAUUGCGAGCUUGGCAGUAGCUGAUUUUUUUCUUGGUCUUAUAAUCAUGCCUUUUUCACUUGCGAAUGAAAUUAUGGGUUAUUGGAUAUUUGGAUAUUGGUGGUGUGAUAUUUAUUCAGCAAUGGAUGUUUUAUUAUGUACGGCAAGUAUAAUGAAUUUGUGUUUAAUAAGUUUGGAUAGAUUUUGGAGUAUAACUCAAGCAGUUGAUUAUCUAAAAAAACGUACUCCGGCUCGUGCAGCACUUAUGAUAGCUCUCGUUUGGUUAUUAUCUGCAGCUGUUUGUAUUCCUCCGUUACUUGGAUGGAAAAGGCCAAGACAAAAGGAAGAGUACCCAAAAUGCAAGUUAUCCGAAGAUAUCGGUUACGUGCUCUAUUCAGCACUUGGUAGUUUCUACAUUCCUUCUUGUAUUAUGGUGUUCGUCUAUAUACGAAUAUAUUUUGCUGCAAAAGCGCGAGCAAGACGCGGAAUACGAAAACAACCUAGACCACGGCCAGUCCCUCUCUCGGAGUCACUGGAUAUUCGGCAAACAAGUUUUAAUCAACCUAAUCCUACAACUGAAACAUUCGGAAUCAACAUCGUCGAAAAUAUUGCAACAAUCGAAAAUCAACCCGUACAAAUACCAAUUGUCACUUGUGAUUUUGCCAGUGAUAUAAGCACAUCUGAAGCUGACGGAGUAAAUUACGUUGCAGAGGAAAAAGACACACUCAAGGUGGACGUACCAUUGGUCUUGCAGAAGUCAAACAUAAAAGCAACUCUAUCACUCAAUGGUGGGGAAGACGAGUCAAAUUUCAACAUUGUACCAGCACGAUGCCGAGCACCGAGUCUCGGAAUUGAUAUUGACAUGGUAUCAGAAUUUGAUCCAUCUUCAUCAGACAGUGGUGUUGUAUCCAGGUGUGCAGUCGUCAAGCCUCUUAAAUUACGUUUGUGUCGUCCAAUAUUUGGUCGCAAAGCAGUUGAAAAAAUCAAACGUGAUCCAAGCAAUAAUGUUGGUAUAGUGGGUAAAUGUGACAUAAGUACGCCAAUCGAAAUAAAACCAGUAAAACCUCGUGAUCCAGAGCGUGAAAAACGGAGGAUCGCGCGUAAGAAAGAAAAACGUGCUACCCUUAUUCUUGGUUUAAUAAUGGGGAGUUUUAUUGCGUGCUGGCUUCCAUUUUUUUUUCUUUAUAUUAUUAAACCUCUGAUACCAAGUCUCACAAUACCUGCGCAGGCGUUUGUCAUUGCUUUUUGGCUCGGGUAUAUCAACUCUGCACUCAAUCCUGUCAUUUAUACAGUAUUUAAUAAAGACUUUCGCCGGGCAUUCCGAAGAAUACUUUACAAAUAGUACAGAGCUUGUCGCCAAAAAUUUAUGAUCGUAUUAUGAAUGGUAUAUCAGAACUGACUCAAAUAUGAAGAAAAAAAAAAUAAAAUGUCAUUUUUAACAAUUUC